AUGGUGAACUCGUACGCCCUGAUUCUAGCAAUUGCCUCUCUUGGCAGGGCUUCGCCCGUCCGCAGGCAAAGCACCGGAGGCUGGGAUGCCGCUUACGCCAAGUCAGAGGCGGCUCUCGCCCAAUUGAUGCAGGACGAGAAAGUGGGAAUAGUUACUGGCGUCGGCUGGCAGAACGGGCCCUGCGUGGGCAACACUUCUCCAGUUCCCAAAAUUGGCUAUCCGUCUCUCUGUCUGCAAGAUGGUCCUCUCGGCAUCAGGUUCGCGCAGGGAGUCACCGCCUUCCCUGCCGGGGUGCAUGUAGCAUCGACAUGGGACAAGAAUCUUUUGCAUGAACGGGGCGUCGCUAUGGGGGCGGAGGCCAAAGGUCUGGGCGUCAACGUCCAGUUGGGCCCUGCUGCUGGUGCUCUGGGCAAGAUCCCCGAAGCUGGCCGUAAUUGGGAAGGCUUCUCUCCGGACCCCUACUUGGCCGGAAUUGCCAUGCAAGAGACCAUCAUCGGCAUGCAGUCCUCAGGUGUGCAGGCUUGUGCCAAGCACUACAUUGCCAAUGAGCAGGAACUCAACCGCAACACAAUCUCCUCCAACGUCGACGAUCGCACUAUGCACGAACUGUACUUGUGGCCCUUCGCCGACGCCGUCAACGCCGACGUUGCCAGCGUCAUGUGCUCCUACAACAAGCUUGACGGAGCGUGGGCGUGCGAGAACGACCACAUCCUCAAUAGCCUGCUCAAGGACGAGCUCGCCUUCCGCGGCUACGUCAUGAGCGAUUGGAACGCGCAGCACUCAACCGCGCUAAGCGCCAACUCCGGGCUCGACAUGACGAUGCCGGGCGAUGACUUCUCUGGCGGCAGCAUCUACUGGGGGCCAAACCUAGCGGCCGCUGUUGCUGCGGGCGAGGUGCCGCAGGAGCGGUUGGACGACAUGGUCAAGCGCAUCCUGGCGGCGUGGUAUCUGACCGGCCAGGACACCGGCUAUCCGCCCGUACUCUUCAGCUCCUGGAACGGCGGCGCAGGCGGGCCGGACGUGCAGGCCGACCACAAGGACGUCGCUCGCGCCAUUGCCCGCGAUGGCAUCGUCCUGUUGAAAAACGAGGCCAGCACGCUGCCCCUAAACGACGACAACGCGCCCGCCUCACUCGCUAUCAUCGGCCAGUCGGCCAUCGUCAAUCCGGCCGGGCCCAACGCAUGCGAGGAUCGUGCUUGCAACACCGGCCAUCUCGCAAUGGGCUGGGGAUCCGGCACAGCACAGUUCCCCUAUCUCGUCGCGCCGUUGGAUGCUAUUCAACCGCGCGCAGAGGCCGCCGGCACGACACUCACACUGUCGACGACGGACGAUCAGGCCUCGGCCGCAUCCGCUGCCGCCGCCGCCGAGACGGCCAUCGUCUUCAUCACCGCCGACUCGGGCGAGGAGUACCUGACCGUCGAGGGCAAUGCGGGAGACCGCGUCAACCUCGACCCAUGGCACGACGGCAACGGGCUGGUGGCCGCCGCCGCCUCUGCCGGAAAGCCCGUCAUAGUGGUCGCCAACUCUGUUGGACCCCUCAUCCUCGAGAACAUCCUCAGUCAUGAGAAUGUCGUCGCCCUCGUCUGGGCAGGCAUCGCCGGCCAGGAGAGCGGCAACGGCCUGGCCGACGUGCUGUACGGCGACGCCAGCCCGAGCGGAAAGCUCCCCUACACCAUCGCCAAAGCAGCUGGUGACUACGAGACGCAGAUCGUGACGGCGCUGGAGGACGGGUUCGAGGAGGGGCUGUACAUCGACUAUCGGCAUUUUGAUAAGGCUGACAUUGAGCCCCGGUAUGAGUUUGGCUUCGGGUUGUCAUACACCAACUUUACCUAUUCAGAUCUCCUCGUCGGUGGUAGCGGCUCUUCCGACGGCCCCUCUGCCACAGCCGACCUCUAUGCCCCCAUCGCCACCGUCACCGCUACCAUUACGAACAGCGGCGAUGUCGGCGGCGCCGAGGUGGCGCAGCUGUAUCUUUCCCUGCCCAUCUCAACCGGUGUCGAUGUACCGGUGCGGCAGUUGCGUGGCUUCGAGAAAAUCGACCUGGCUGCGGGUGAGAGUGGUUCAGUUGAUUUCAUCAUACGCCGUAAGGAUGCGAGUUACUGGGAUGUGGCGUCGCAGCAAUGGGUGUUGCCCACUGGAGAAUACACCGUGACCGUCGGAGCAAGCUCGAGAGAUUUGAGACUUGAAGGUUCAUUAACGAUCUGA